AUGGAAUUCGUCACGCAUCCAUCACGCCUCUCAGCAUUCCGUCGGGAAUGGUUAUAUCACAAGCAAUCCAAUGAAACAACCAUGAAACAACCACCCGCGAAUGCGACUGGUUUCAGUCGUAUUUGGAUUGGUUUUGCGUUCCAAAGGUUGAUUAUGUUGGGAAUGCCCUGA